UCCGAUUGCAUUGGGGCCGUAGUUUGACCCACAUUACUCUGUUAUCAUUAUGCACUCUCUCGUGUGUGGUUAUCUUUUCGUGUAUUGCUUAUCCACGAAAUCCCCUACGCCGCCCCGAAAGGCUUACAAAGGCUGAAAGAAUUGAAGCACUGAGAUCACCAAACCAAACCAAACCCAGGAAGGAAUACUUGGAAUCUCAGGACAUGUUGCGAAUCCCCAAAUUUCAUCAUCCCCCGAACAAGCUUCAACACCCUCCCACUCCUCCUCCUCCUCUUCAUACUCAAAACUUCCCCACGUCCCCAAAUCUUCCAUUCAUCAACCAAUGUUGCACAAUCUCCCGCCGUAAGCUCACCGUUGGAAGCAAUUCCCUCUUGCUUCUUCUCUUUGGCUCUCAGAUUCUAGACCCUUUUUACAACUCCUCCAAAGCAGAGGCUGAAGAAAGCUUGGGUGAAAAUGAGCUAGACCCUUUUUACAACUCCUCCAAAGCAGAGGCUGAAGAAAGCUUGGGUGAAAAUGAGCAAGAAUUACAGAGAUCAGAGAGUUCCAACGAUGUCCCUCCUCCUUGCACAGAAAAGAGCCCCACCAAGCGUGCAUUUCUUGAUAUCUCCAUUGAUGGACAGCCUGCUGGUCGCAUUAUCAUUGGCCUUUAUGGCAAUGACGCUCCUGCAGGAGUUGCUAGAUUCAGUAACCUUGUGAGCGGAGCUGCAGGGGUUUCUUACAGAAGAAAAGACUUUGUGAAGAUCACAUCAAACUAUGUUCAAAACAGUGGAGUGAGAUCUUAUGGUGUGGAUGUUGAGCUUGCAAAGAGGACAGGGGGGAAUGAGUUAGCAUCCGAAACUCUUAAAGAUGAAUGGGCGAGUGUCAAUGAGAAGUGCCCUGGUAUUAAGAACUUGGCUGGAACUGUGGGAAUCAUUGUGAGAGACCCUUUGAAACCCCCACCCAAGUUGAAGUUGGUAGCCCGGAAAGGGAAGCUGGAGGUGGAUCAGGAAGAGGUCGGAACUGAACCGAAUGGGACCGAGUUCACGAUUUCUGUCAAGGAUUCGCCAGAGCUGGACAAUUCGACCCUGGUGAUUGGAACAGUUUUGGAAGGGAUGCAAGUUGCGGAAAGGAUUGCUCAAGUGAAGACAGUGAAAGACAACACUACUUCUCCUUACUUCAGGGUGGCAAAGCUAAUAGGCGAUAAGAGAGCUGUUGUUGCAGAAAGAGGCUUCAACCGCCCUUAUUCAAAAGUGGUCGUCACAAACUGUGGGUUGCUAGAGCUAGAGUAAUGACAUGGUUGUCCUCCCAGUUUUGCCCUUUUCUAAAUUCAACUAUGCCCUUUAUGAAUGAAUGAGGUAUUCUAUGUCAUACCAAAAAUUUGAAAUAUUAUUAUCUCAUAGGCUCAUAAAGUUGAUUCAUCGUAUAAUUUACGAGAGACGGAUUAUGUUUCAAA